AUGGUCAGCUUACGCCCCGCUUCUGCCCUCUGCGUUCUUUUCGGCAUCCUACCCGCCCUGGCUGGCCGAGUCCAAGUCCGCAGCAUCGACAGCCAAGUUACAUUCUGGCUAGGCGAGGCUCCGAAACAGCUCACUGCAAAGGUCGCGAAUUUCGAUGUGACGCCGGACGGGACGGUGGUGAUGGAGGAUAAGAAGACAAGGGUGAAGUUUGAUGCUUGGUUCAGCGUCGACAAGCCUGGCCAUUCCCUUGCGGAUGGAAAUGGGGUCGCCUUUAAGGCCAAAUGCUGGUUCGAGGGCAAGCUGGACCCCACUGCGGGCGAUGUCGCAUUUGUCUUCACGGCCGACGAGGACUAUCUUCACCCGUGCGGUCUACAGAAGCACGGGCUGGCGAUAGUGUGUGACAAGACGGAGGAUACGCCGAAGGCGCUGUGUCGGGACCCCAACCCUAUCACAGACCUCAGCUUCUGGCCGCCUGGCAAGUUCUGA